AUGCCCAAGGAUGCCGCCGCAAGCACCUCGGCCAACCCCAUACCGCCCGACGGCCAUCACGAUGAAGACGACGAAGAUGGCGUCUACUGCGUGUGUAGACGCCCAUAUGAUGAAAACGACAGCAUGAUCCUCUGCGACCGGUGCGAGCAGUGGUACCACUAUUCGUGCAUGGACAUCACAGAGGAGCAGAGCCUACUCAUCGACCGCUUCAUCUGCCCCGUCUGCGUGCCCCUGACUUCGGACCGCACCACCUGGUCGCCCAAAUGCCGGCGCGACGGGUGUCCCCAGCCCGCCGCCGCCCCGCUCUCGCGCUACUGCUCGGAACGCUGCGGCGUCCUCACCAUCUCGGAGCGCAUGGCCAAGUGCAAAAUCCUCAAAUCGUCCAACGCCCUCGCGCGGUUAGAGGCCGACCAGAACGUCAAGCUGGCCAGGAAGCCGCAGGGUAGCGUCGUAUGGGGACCAGACGGCGGCCAAGAGCAGCCACAACCCAACGCCGCUGCUGCGCGCGGGCCGACGGAGAUGGACGAGGAAACAAGCCAGCGGGCACAGAGGUGGCACAGGACGUUCGAGGCCGUCCAGACCAGCAAGUUGCUCGCGUCACUGGGGCCAUCGGAUCGCUGGAGCACCGUCGCCUCUCUGCCUAUCAAGACGGCGGCGACGACGGGCGGCGGGACGCUGGCGCUACCGUCGCAAGCACAGCUCAAGACGGUCCAGAUCCAGCUCGCGGCCCUCGAAGCGACAAAGGCGCGGCUAAAGACGCACCUCGACUUGCUCGACGCGAGGCAGCGGCUGUUCCAGCUCGUAUCCGAGUCGUUAUCGUCCCUCUCGCCGGCACCCGACGGCGGCGGACCAAAGUGCGGCUUCGACCGCAUCCUGGCGUGGGACGACGAGCGGCUGUCGCACUGGCUCGAUGCCGAGCACCGACGCGACGCCAUCUUUGAUGCCGUCGCUCCCACCUUGCCGUCGUCGUCGACGAGCAACGGCAUCACCAACGGCGUGCACGGGGUUCCUGAUGGCAAAGACGACGACGACGACGACAAAGGGGAGAGGCGAUGUUCGGUGCCCAAGCGCAAGUGCAAGCGGCACUGGGACUGGCAAAACACCAAGGAGGUCGAGAUCGACGUCGAGCGCAGCCUGCUCCUCCAACGCCUCGGCCGUCUCGAGGACAGCAGGGCCGACGUCGAGUCCGCCCUCGUCGAAGCGCAGCAGAGGAUCAAGGUCGAAGCCGAGGCAGAGAGGGAGCGCGAGGACCGCAGACGACGCUGGUUGCAGGCGAGAGACGAGGCCGUCGCACGGGAGAUGGCAGAAGAGGGAAAGAGGAGGAGGGCCGUCGGCCGGUAG